CGGCCCCGCCCCUCGGGGCUCCCGGAAAGCUCUGCGAGCGCUCUUCGGGAGGCAGGGCUGCUCGGGCUCGCAGCAGGGCCGCUGUGGGCUCUCUGUACUCCCAGCUUCAACGUCUCGGGCGGCCGAGUCUCUACUGGUGGCUGAAUUCCUAGACCCUGCUAAACAUUUACCAUUUUGGAAUUUAAAGUAUGACAUCAUGGCAAAGUUUCGAAGAAGGACUUGCAUCACUUUGUCACUUUUUAUUCUAUUUAUUUUCUCUCUGAUGAUGGGUUUAAAAAUGCUGAGACCACAUAAAGCUGCUUUUGGAGAUCCUUUUGGACUUGACCUUCUUCCAGAAAUUCGGCAACAAACUCCUCAUUUGGUAAAAACUUUUGAUUCCCAAAAGAGUGACAGAAUCGACAGUGAAACAAACGUCAAGAAUUUAAAAAGUGUUGAAAUCACUAUGAAACCUUCCAAAGUCUCUGAACCUUACCCAGAAGAACUGCCACCUCGGAAUUAUUUUUUACAUGUAUUUUAUUACAGCUGGUAUGGAAAUCCACAAUUUGAUGGUAAAUAUAUACAUUGGAACCAUCCAAUCCUCUCGCAUUGGGACCUUAGAAUAGCCAAGAAAUAUCCACAAGGGAAACACAACCCCCCAGAUGACAUUGGCUCCAGCUUUUACCCAGAGUUGGGAAGUUACAGCUCUCGGGAUCCUUAUGUCAUUGAAACGCACAUGAAACAAAUGUACUCAGCUUCAAUUGGUGUACUAGCCCUAUCUUGGUACCCACCUGACUCAAAUGAUGAGAAUGGAGAACCUACUGAUAACUUGGUACCAACUAUUUUGGAUAAAGCUCAUAAAUAUAAUCUGAAGGUCACUUUUCACAUUGAACCAUAUAAGAAUCGAGAUGAUAAAAACAUGUACCAAAAUAUCAGAUACAUUAUAGACAAAUAUGGAAAUCAUCCUGCCUUUUACAGGUACAAGACUAAGAAUGGCAGUGCUCUUCCACUGUUUUAUGUCUAUGAUUCCUAUAUCACAACAGCUGAAAAAUGGGCCAAUCUGUUAACCAGCUCAGGGUCUCAGAGCAUUCGCAACUCUCCUUAUGAUGCAUUGUUUAUUGCACUUCUAGUAGAAAAAAAACAUAGAUAUGAAAUUCUUCGAGGUGGUUUUGAUGGGAUUUAUACGUAUUUUGCCACAAAUGGCUUUACUUACGGCUCAUCCUAUGAGAACUGGGCUAAGCUAAAAUUUUUUUGUGAUCAGUUCGACCUAAUGUUCAUCCCAAGUGUGGGCCCAGGAUACAUAGAUACCAGCAUCCGUCCGUGGAACACUCAAAACACUCGCAACCGAGUCAAUGGGAAAUAUUAUGAGGAUGCUCUGAGUGCUGCACUCCAAGCCCACCCCAGUAUAAUUUCCAUCACCUCUUUUAAUGAGUGGCAUGAAGGAACUCAGAUUGAAAAAGCUGUUCCCAAAAGAAUCAGUAAUACCGUGUACCUGGAUUACCGGCCUCAUAAACCAAGUCUUUAUCUAGAUCUAACUCGUAAGUGGUCUGAAAAAUACAGUAAGGAAAGAGCAACUUACGCAUUCGAUCACCAGCUACCUGUUUCUUAAUGCAUUGAUUAAAGUUUAAUAAUUAUAGAUAUCACCUAAUUUCAAUACAUUCCUUUUGUUUUGCGUUAUGGAAAGAAAACUAUCAAAGUCAGUAUGUACUAUUAUCUCUAAUAAAAAUAAUUUGUACAUUUUUAAAGGUAGUAAUAUUAUCAUUGCCACCUUUUACGAUGGCGAUGUUGCACUGAGAAAAGUUGUGCAAAUAACAUUCCUUGUGGCAUAAUUUGGUGAAUUUCUGACUGGAAUUGAAAUCCUGCUUUAUAGCUAUUUUUGUUUCACAAUAGGUAAUUGCUUGUGUUAUAUAGAGUAGUUAGCACACAAUUAAAUCCUACUUGUAUUCUGGGCCCAAAGAAAAAGGACUGUGUAUAUAUCUGAUAUGUCUAUUGAAGACCAAAGACCUAAAAGAUAAUGUACAUGGUUCCUUUUUCAUUUUUUUAAUGAUCCAGUCAACUUCAUCAUAUUAGCAUUCAGACUCUGGAUAACUCUCCAAUAACAAUUCUUCAGAAAAAUAUCAUAUGCCUUAAGCCUUACUGUGAACCAUAUUUUGUUAGGAAGGUCUGCUUUCUAUAGUACAAUAUGUAUCAUCAUUUGCAGAUUUUUGGUUUCCUAGAGCUUGCUAGGUGUUUUGCAUGUCUGAUGUUUCUACAUUAUAUUGCUGAAUUUCAGGCUUUAGAAGGAAAAUCUUUUCAUAAAGGUUAAGGAUUGCUUCUCAGUUAUUAAAAAAAAAUAACUGCUUUACAAUUAUGAAAAUACAGUGCCUCAAAUGUUAUUUUAGGAUACCUUGUCAAUCUUUAACUUAUUUUAUUCAUAUUUUUCAAUUUAAUGUUAAUCAGAGACCAACUGUUAGAUAAGAAAAAGUUGAUACUAUCAUUGGAUUGCCUUCUUUUAAGAUUUGAAACUGUUUUUACUAAAACUAAUAGAGAAAAUUUACUUACCAUUUCAGAUUUUAAGGAUAUGGAAAUGAAAGUUCAUUACUAAGUUUGACGUUUUAUUAGGUAUAACACUUAAUGAUGGAAAUAUUUAAGACUUUAUUGUCUAUAAUAUAACAUCCCCAUCUAAAAACAUUAUACUUUUAUGUUACCUAACAGGUUAAAGAGUUGUGAUCAAUUGUCAUAGUGUGACAAAUUAAUCAUCUGUAAAAAUGAAUCUCUUUAAAAACUACAGAAUAAAAUACACUCUAUUAUUAUAGUUAAUAUUUUUAACUAGAACUAUAGUAAAAAAAUCUAAUCUAUAUGCUGUUACAUGAAUUUUUUUGAUAUUUAAUUUAUCAAAUGUAAGCAAUAGGGAAAUACUAAACAAUACAUACAAAUAUUCUGAAUAUAUGGACAUUCCUUCAGAAACAAAUUAGCAGUGGAAUUUAUCAUAAAAUAACUCAUUAGACAAUGAAAUUUAAUUUUAAGCAGGGCUUUUGAAGUUAACUAUCAUGUCUUUGAAAAGAAGCAUGAUUAAUGUUAAACUUAUUUAUAACUGAGAAUUUGCCAUUUCUCAGAAUGUUCAGACCAUGGGAAACCAGUAUAAGAGUAAUUUGUAAUUCACCUUGUAGAGGAAAUUACAAGAAUAAAUCACUAUAAUGUUACAACUAAGUAUCUUCAUAGGAACACUCAUACAGAUAUAACCUGUGGAUUUUUUUUUUCUUACAUCCAGUUAGCCACUAUAUGUUAUCUUAGGGAUAAACUCUAAAUAUGUUAUACUUAAUAAUAUUUAUAACAUACCAUAUUUUAUUAAAGUUUAGUUAGAGAGAUCUCUAACACACAGGAAUUUUUGUCAUUGCUUAUGUUGUAUGUUUGAACCCAUAAUGACAGACAAUUUUAUGAAAUAGUUCUGAGAUUAAGAGAAAGUGUAUAAAAACAAGGUCAGCAAAUCCUCAACACGGACACCACCAUUUCUCUCUUGCUCCCAUUGCAGACAUAUAGAUAGAUCAUCUAGGACUGCAGAAUUUCCCUCUGAGCUUUGUUCUAAUGCACUACCCCAACCAGCCACUGACAGUUGGUUUCAAAGUAAGAUAAAAUAGAUUCUGUCUUCAUUGCAGAAAGUUAAUUAAUUCUCAAGGGAAGAAUGUUUGGAAUCAGCUCUAAUGAUAGUUUACUGAUUUAUAACUAUUUGAAUAUGUUUCUUUUCUCCUGUUCUUAAAAAAACAGUUAUUAGAAGGAAUUAUCUCUAAUAAUUUUGUUAUUCUUAGGGAAGAACACUUUCAAAAUCUUCCUCAGGUAUUCAUUACACCUGCCUUUACCAUUUGACUUAUAACAAGUUUAGAUUGCAUAAUCACAAGAAAUCAAUUCUUUGCUUUUAUUUAAUUCAAUAGACUAAAGUAACUGUUAAAGAAAAACAGUAUAAUAUAUGCAAUGCAUGAAUCAAAAUGAAUUAUUUUAUGGUUUAAUCAGUCUAAUUGUUUUGACUGUAUAGAAAUCAAAUCUUUCUUUUACUACUCUCUUUAAGGACUGAUAUUGUCAAAAACUGCUGUAAUUGAUGUUGAUCUCAGCUGUAUAUUAACUUUUUUGUUUUAAGAGUAGUUUAAAAAUGACUAUUUUGUAACAUGAAGUAGUUAACUUUCACCUAAUAAAAGCAUACAGGGAAUAAAUUGUAUCUUAGAUAUAAAAAUCUGUUUCUUUUUUUUAUGAAAUGUUUUAUUUAAUUUCUGAUUAACAGUUCAAAAGUAAUAUUCAGUCGCCACUCUAUAUAUCUUCUCUAUUUGAAAUACAGCAUUUAAAAAGUAGAUAUCUUUUAACUGUACUUUUAAAAUCUGUGAAUUUGUGUUAUACACACAAAAAUAUGAAUUUUUUUAAUUUGGAAGAUGGUUUCUUAUUUUUUUAUUCUUUGGGCAUAAUCAUAUAUGAGCUCCAACAUCCUUUAGAAAAUUGAUCUUACCCUAAAACAGCAAAAGUAACAAGCCACUAGAGAACCUACCAAGUUCAUAACCAAGCCCUUUUUGAAACGGAUCAGUUAUUCAAUUUAAACAUAGUGACUGCUCCUAAACUCUAUAGUGCCUACGGUAGUCCUUAAAAGUCUUUAUCUAAAUUUUGAAUUAAGGUCGAACACUCUCAUGUCCUAUAGUGUAGAAGCAAUACUUUAUUUACGACCAGCAAAAUUUAUUUUUAUAAAUAUUUACAAUUUCAAAAGGAAAAAUUGAACCAAAAAGAGUUUUUUGGCUCAGCUAUUCCUUUUUUUUAAAAAAAGUAAAUUUAAAUGUACUUUAAAUUUAAAUUAUAUACUGACUGAUAUAUCCACAUAAAGGCUAAAUGUUAUAGUAUGCUUAAUACAGGAUUAUUAUCCUUCAGAAUGCAGGUACUACUUUGGCUUACUUACAGAGUCAUCCUUAGUCAAGUCAAAGAACUUAGUGGUAGUGCUAUUAUAUUCCAGCUAUCAAUGAAGGGGAGAACAUUUUUCAAUGUUACUAGAUUUUGUUGUUAUAAUUACCAUUUAUUAUAUCAAAAGAAAAAAUAAUUUAAGACCUAAUAAGCAAAUAAACAUAGAUCUAAAAUUUACUGAAGUCAAAACAUAGUGGCACUUUUUAUAUUGUGUGUUCUAAACUUCAUUUAAAGCAUCUUAUAUAUUGAAGUUCAAAUUUCUCAUUUAUAUAACCUUAAAUGUAACCAUAAAGUUAAAAAGCCUUAGAGUCUAUCUCAUUGAAAUAAUUAUUUCAUGAAACAAAAUAAUGAUGUACCAUGGUAGUGAUAAUUCUGUAUACAACUCAACUUAUAGUAUAUGAUUGUACUGUCAUGCUUUUUAUGGUUUUACUUUAGAUUUUUUUAAUUGAUUUUUAUUGGAGUAUGGUUGCUUUACAAUGUUGUGUUAGCCUCCACUGCACAACAGAAUGAAUCAGCCAUACAUAUAGAGAUAUCUCCUACUUUAGAUUUUUAACCUAUUUAAAAAGUCAAAACAACAAUCAUUAUAAACAACACAAAGUGGCAGUCUUCUGCUACUCAGUAGCAUUUAAAAUACAUUAAUUAUGUCCAUGCAUAAAAGUAUUUUUCAGUCCAUUUUGUAAAAGCCAUUUUCAAAGCACUAUAUAUCACCAUGUUAAUUUGAUUAUAGUAUCUAACAAUGUGACUUUUAUACGGAUCUUGAAAAUAUCAUAUGCAAAAGAGAAAAAUACUUAGAAGAAAUUCAUUUGUAAUACAUGCAGUACCUUUUAGAAAUGUAUAUGUUGGAACACAGUCACCUAAGAAUAGCAACCACACUUUUUUUUAGUUUAUACACACUAAAUUUAUAUUUGAGUACUGCCGUUAAUUACCCAAACAUAUUAUCCAUAUGGCAGACUAUUAAGCCAUUACUAUUAAAAUUGUGCAGUCCAGUCUGGCUUCAUGUAAAAAGUCAACCGCAAAUCUGAUAGCUAAAUUCUUACUUGAAAAUUUGCUGCAUUGUUAUAUUUAAAGUACAUUCUUGAAAAUUAUGCUCUUGGCUUUUUAGGUAUCUUGUAAGAACAAUAUCUAGUGACAGUCAUUAUAUGAACAGUAGUUGAGCUGAAAUUCUGUUUUAUUUUUCCUCAUGAGUGUUUGUAGCUAAAGGCUUAAUUUAAUCCUCAAAUAAAAUAUUCCAUUAAUGCA